CUAGUGUCUCUGGGAUAGGUGGCGGAGCCCAACGUCGGGUUUUUGUUUUUAACUCCAAAAAUGUAAUGAGUAGGCAUUAGAUACAUAUUUUUAAGGCCCCUAGUAUCUUUGGGUUACUCGGAUACUGUGCACUUCUGUACUGGGAGAACCCGCGGGCCACACGGUGUGGAAGGUUUAGGUUCUUGCAGCUGACGGCGAAACCCAGAGUGGUGUCUUCAGUCCCUCACCCGGGCUGCCGGGCUGGAGGAUUAAUGGAUUUUAAAAUUGAACACACUUGGGAUGGUUUUCCAGUGACACAUGAGCCAGUAUUAGUCAGGCUGAGUCCCGGUGACAGAGGAGUGAUGAUGGAAGUCAGUGCUCCAUUUUUCAAUGAUCCUCCAGACCCACUUGGAGAACCAGGAAAGCCUUUCAAUGAACUGUGGGAUUAUGAAGUUGUCGAAGCAUUUUUCUUGAAUGAUAGAACUGAGCAGUAUUUAGAAGUUGAACUUUGUCCCCACGGACAGCAUUUGGUGCUUUUACUCUCUGGAAGAAGAAAUGUGUGGAAACAAGGACUUGCUUUAUCAUUCCAAGUGUCCAGAGGAGAGACAAAAUGGGAAGGAAAAACAUGUCUUCCUUGGUGUUAUUUUCCACCAAAUGUCACAAAAUUCAAUUCAUUUGCAAUCCAUGGAUCAAAAGACAAAAGACAUUAUGAAGCUCUUUACCCUGUACCUCAGCAUGAACUACAACAAGGACAAAAACCUGAUUUCCAUCUUCUGGAAUACUUCAAGCCUUUCAAUUUUAACACACUGUUUGGAGAAGAAUGGAAACAGCCAGAAUCAGACCUGUGGCUAAUAGAGAAACCUGAUAUAUAGGAGUGGACUAGAAAACCAUAUCAAUCAUUUCUUCUCUAUACCUCUUAAGGUAAACCAAUAAUAAAUAUCAGUGUCUUUCAAGGCAUCAUGAACACAUUUCAACAAAUAUUUUCAUAGAUGUCACUGAAAAUAUAGUAUCUCCAUGGAUAAUUGUGUUUGAAUUAAUGAAAAAAUAAAACAUUUGUGUAUGAUUUUAUCUAUGAAGUGGAAAUGUUUGUUAGAGUCUCUUUGCCCAGGAACCAUCAUGUCAGCUUGUUAAAACUGUACCUUCUGGAUUGUAUCACCAUCACCCCAAAUAUUCCUGACUCCUAAACCAAAUAUCCUGACUCUGUCAAUCAAAGUCAUUAUUUCUCUUCUACUUCCCUAACCCCAGACAGCCUGAGACUGGAACACUUUAUUUGCACAUUUUUGAACUCUAUAUAAUAUACAGUAUUUACUAGGAAUCUUCUGUCCAUUCUUGAAAUGGUUAGAAAUCGGUGUCCUAUUUUAGCUUAGCAGGAAAUCCACAUCUGUUAAUACAUCAUCAAGAUACAUUAAUUAUUUAACCAGUUGUUUUUCUUGUCUUUGACUAUUUUUACUCUGUAGAAGGAAAUGGAAUGAAGGAGUCUUGAAUUCAGACAAUGAACUCUGCUUUCACUUAGAAAUAAGUGAAAUUUUCUUAAUGCUGUUAA